GGUCGCUCCCCCUCUCCUGCCUCAUCUACCUAUCCUUAUUUUCGGCCCUUGAUCUUGCUGCAUCCUCUCGCUGUCGCACCGCCUGAGGGAGCAAGUCUGCGGCCGUGCCUGCACCGGGGGAGGUCCGGGGGCCUCAACCCGCACCUUGCCGCCGCGCCAGGCGUACGGGCGCCUCCGGAGUCCCAGCCGGGGGCAGUGGUCCCGCUGCAGCGCCCGGGGAGGACCGUUCUCCCCCUCCGCCCCAGGGCGGUGCCCCGGCACUUUAGUGGGGGCGGCGCAGAGCGCUCCGCAGCAGCCGGGCCAUGGCCGGGGAACCCCCGAGAGCUGCCGGCCGCGGCAGCGCUGCUGCUGCUCGGCAUCCCGAGUGCGCCGGGCGCGGCGGAGCCCCCGCGGGAGCCUGAUGUCUCUGCUGGCCUGGUUUCCAAGAGGGGGCUGUGUGUCCCUCUCGGCCGCUCCUUCUUGCUGGACCCGGCGGCGGACCUGGUGCUGCGGGUGCGGCCGGGGACAGGUGUGCCGCGGCGGUGCUGGGGACCGCUGGCGCUCUGUCUCCCCCGCGCUUCUCCUGCGCCCUCUCCCGCGGGCAGUUCAGCUACACCCACUUCAGGACCCGCAGCCUCGGCCGGUACCGUCUGCGCCUCCAAAUCCGCUACGACUCGCCCCGCCGGACUCUGGCUGUGCCAUUCACGCUUUUCCAGCAGCUGCGCCUGCUCACCCGCAACCCGGUGGAGAAGCUGCGGGCGCUCGGCGCCCCCCUGCACAAGGUGUUUGGCUUCCCCGAGGGGAAGGCCGGCCGGCGCUGCCGCAUCACCCUGCUGCCCCCCGCGGCCGCCGGCCCCCUGCCCGCCUCCCGGCGGCUGCUGGGCGUCGAGGAGCGGCCCCUGCCCGCCGGCCGCAGCGGAGACCGCUCCGCCAUGCUGCAAGCGGCCAUCCGCUACCGGCACCGGGCGGCCACCGCCUCCUCUGGCCGGGACGGCAUCCCGGCACGGGUGUCCGUGCUACCUGCCCCCGGCCGGGGGGAGCAGGAGUACUACCAACACACCGCCCAAGCCCAGUUUUCUGACGUUGCUCAUGAUGGAGGUGAGCCAGUUUGCUCUCACUGCCCUAACUCUGGAUAUGUUGGCUGCUGAGGACCUGGAAACCUCCCAAGACCUCCUAGUCUUCAAUCUCACCUCCCCCUGGCCCACUGACCCACAGCAGCAAGGCUUCCUGUUCAACACAGAUGUCUCCAGCAGGCCCCUCAUUGCCUUCUCACAGCAGGAGGUGAGGGAGCUGAAGAUUGCCUACCAGCUGCCUACCCCGGACUCGGACCAGGAUCAACUUUUCCAGGUGGAAAUGGAAGUGCUGGACCCUGAUGGUGCCUUCUCAGAGCCUUUUGCUUUCAUCAUCCUGAUAAAACCUGUGAAUACGUUGGCCCCUGUGGCUACUUUCAGUCGUUCGCCUCAGCUGAUGCUCUUUGAGGCCCAGUCAUGGCCCCUGUCUGGUAACUUGGAGAUCAGCGAUGAGGACAAUCUGAAAGAGGUGAGGGUCUGGGUCACAUGAGGCUUGUUAUACAGGGAGCUUGAGGUACUGGGGGUGCUGCCCAACCAUAAGUCCUUCACUGCUGCAGCGCUAGCAGCAGGGCAGGUGGUUUACCAGCACAAUGACAGUCAGCACAGCUACAGUGACAACAUUGUUUUCUGCAUGAUAGAUGGAUGGCACCAGGUUGAAUUUCUGUACCCCCUCACCAUUGCUCCUGAUGAUGAUCAGCUGCCGCUGCUGAAUACAAAUCCUAGGCUGGUGCUGAGUGAGCACCAUACUGUCCAAAUUUCACUUUUUGUCCUCAGUGCUACGGACGUUGAUGAUGGCUCUACCAAAUUUGUCCUGGCUGGGGACUCAACAGUGUUGCUACUUGACUCACCCUGCUUUGGCAAGCUGUUGCUGUGUCAGGCACAGCAACCAUCUUAUGACAGCAAAGAAAGCAGAUCAGAGUUGGAGCAUGACUCCUCUUCCUCCCCAUGGCACUUUGUGGCGGAUGAACGUCUGUAUGAGAGGGUGGUGAGUGAGUGGCUGCAGCAGGACAUCCUCGAUGGGAGGCUGUUCUUCAGGCACAUAAGAGCUCAUAGCACCAGUACAGUGAUGGGCCACAUUGUGUUUCAGCUGCAGGAUGACAAAGACCCCCCUAACCCAUCAGGGGAGCAUGUGCUCACUGUCCAAGUCCAACCAGUAGACAGCCUGCCUCUGCACCCAGGUGCUAGCCUGCAGAUGACGGUGCAGGAGUACCAGGCAUCAUCACUGAAGAAGUGCUAUUUACAAUACACUGACCUGGAUAUGGAUGACAGGGAGCUGAAGUACACUUAUGACACCACCGACACAAAUGAGAACAGCUCUGUGGUCACUGGGAACGUUGUAUUGGCUGACAGUCCUGAGGUGGCCAUUACAUGCUUCACCCAGGCCCAGGUCAACCACCACAGGAUCAACCCUCCUGCUCAGGAGCUGGGGAUCACACCAUGGGUGAUUCAGUUCACAUUCCUUGUAGAGGACUCAGCUGGCAAUUCUAUACAAGGUACCUUUAGUCUCUUUCUUCAGCCAGUGGACAACCAGCCACCUCAGAUCACCAAUACUGGCUUCACAGUGCUUGAGGGAAACAGCUUUCUUCUCACCACUGAUAAGCUAGAUGCCACAGAUGAGGACACAUCUGCAGACCAGAUUGUCUUCACUGUAACUCAAGUUCCAGAACAUGGCCAUCUGCAUUAUCUGGAGGAGGGUCUGAUGGUGCAAGGAAAAUCCUUCCUGCUAGAUGAUAUUGCUGGUGAGCACAUCUCCUACAAGCACAGUGGUGAUGAGUUUGCCAGUGAUUCUUAUCAACUGCAGGUGAGUAAUGGAGCCCAUCAUGUGCCAGUCAUAGUCAGGAUCACUGUGCAGCCUGUGGAUGAUGAAAACCCAAGCAUCACUCUCCCUGGUGGUCAUAGAUGGGUGGGAGCAACCAUUGAUGUCCUGGAAAACGGUGCUGCUGAAAUUACUACAUUGCUUUUCUAGGGUACAGGUGAGGAUACAGAUGACUUUGUGCUGACCUUCAUUGUGCAGGAUCCACCCAAGCUGGGUGACAUCCUCACGGAUGGAGUAUGAUCAGAAAAGAUUACCCAGCAUGACCUCAUCAAUGGAGCAGCAGCCUAUGCUCACACCAGUGGAGAGAUUGCCUUGAAAAAGAGCUGAAAUUGAUGAAAUGAAGAUCAGCUACAUCCUGAAGGAAGAUUAUAAUGCUACAAGUGGCAUCUUCUAUUUCUCCAUUGAAGAUGAAGGUAUUGGAACCAAGGAUGGUACAGCAGUAAAGGGUGAAGACUUCAAGGGGAAACCUCAGAAACAGGUCCAGUUCGAUCCAGGACAGGCUUUCAGCCACCUGGUGAGUGAGGAUAUUUGCAGACAAGGAAUAUGAGGCAUCUGAAACAUUCCAGAUUUUUCUGUCUGAUCUAGUUACGGCUGCCCUUGAGAUUCCAGCAAUCACAACCAUUGAAAUUGUGGAUCCUGGUGAAGGAUCUACAGUGUAUAUUCCUCAGCUGGAAUACAGAGUGGGGGAAGAUAAGGUGAACUGCUGAUUCCUUUUAGAAGAUCUGGAGAUGUCAGUCAAAAACUGAUGGCCAUUUGCUGUACGCACCAAGGUAUGUUAUCUAGGUUCUGCUACCAGCACAGUACCAUCCACAGUCCUAUGUUAUUCUGACUACAUCUCACAUCCUGGACAUCAUAGCAGCACUGUUCAUUUUAAUAAAGGUCAGUGACCCAGUGGCAGCAGAGUCCAGUCUAAAUACGCAAAUGUUUCUGCUGUCUCAAAAGGAGCUGUGGAUAUCUGAUGGAUCAGUGGGCUUUGGAGAAGGAGCCGAUGUAGCUUUUACUAAAGGAUAAAGCUCAACCUGAGACACAAGCAAGAGCCUUUGGAAACCUGGAGUUUCAUGCUACAUUAGCAGCUGAUUGUGCAGAUGCUUGUCCUCUAGUGAAACAGCCUGGUUCUGAUGGUGUCAGCUUGUCAUCUGCUCCACUCUUCCUAGGUGGCAGCUGGCUGAGAAAGGUACAUUCACACUAUUUACACGGUCCAAUUGCAGGAAGAUGCACAGAGGCACAAUAGCAAAAGAAGUCUCGGCUACCACCACGUGAUGUCCUCUGCUGGGGAAGAGUUACCACCACAGCCUUUAAAUGCAGCUGAAGAGCUAGUCUGUCUUUAAUUGUUGAAUAUAAACGUACCUUCAUAUCCACCAUGGUAGGUUGGGGCUUAAAAGGAUGCUGGGUUUAAUGACUUGACUUGUAUAGUAUCUAGCUCGCAUAUAACCAUUUUUUGUGUUUUGGUUUGAAUAUUCCUGUGGAAGAUGGUGGUAGUAUUAGAAUGGAAGCUAAGCGGUAGAUGCUAGAGUUCUUUUCAAUGAGUGAUACCAGCAGUUUUGUUUCAAAUUUUAAUGAGGACCUCAGAUGUACAAACAGCAGUGGGAGGCUCACACAGGUAAGGCUGUAAUUGCAGUUGGCUGUAAGGAGACCAUUACAUGUGAUCAAUGUGAAUUGGAGUUAUAUUGUUAAGCCACACUAGAAAAAGAUGUUAAUGCUUAUGUGCCAGCAGGAAGUGCUUUCAAACACGCUU